AUGUCAUUCACACUCGAAAAGAAGCAAACAAGAGCUCAUCCUAACCGUGCCAACGGCAGCACACUAAUUGCCAAAGAUGCCGAGGAGUUGACCAUUGUGUACAACAAAUUCAAGUCGAACCGUUCAAGUCCACGUACUGAAUCUCAAAUACCUUUAAACUUGGUGUUUACCCACGGGAACGGAUUUAACAAGUCAGUGUGGACUUAUAUCAUUAAACAAUUGUAUAAAUCAUCACAAUCCCAUCAAGUACCUUGGCACUUGGACACUGUGCUUGCUAUUGAUGCAAUUGGGCAUGGUGACUCGAAUUUGGCAAAUCAGGGAAAAUUGGGCUGCGUCUACAUGUGGGAUGAUGGAUCGAGGGAUGUGCUUGAUGUUAUUAAACACGAAAGAGAAACCACAGGAGAUAUGCAGAAUAAUUUUGAGGGCAGAACUAUUGCAGUGGGGCAUUCUAUGGGUGGGUAUAUUGCUUUGUAUGCAUCGUAUUUGGAACCCACGUUUUUCGAUGCUGUCGUGGCUAUUGAUCCAGUUAUUUAUAGAACAGAUGUAAGUGAAGAAAGAUAUUUCAACCUGUUGAAAAAGUUGUCUCGACUAAUGAAGGAUACCUUCAAUACCGAGCAGGAGGCUAGAGACUACUUUGAGAUACAUUCAUUCACCAAAAAUUUUCAAUCUGAUGUAUUGCAGGACUACAUUACCGACGAGAUAUACGAGACGAAAACUGAAGAUGGGAAAGUCGUUUACAAAUUCAAAUGUCUGAGUUUAAACCAACUUGUGGCUUAUUUGAGCAGAAAUGUGUGUGCUGCAAAAGGUAUGCUUGCCUUGCCUCUGAUUAGUGUUCCCAUAUUUCAUGUCGUGGGUGCUGCCGAUAUUCAUAACAUGAGAGAAGCAGUUCCCUGGAUUCGUAAGGCAAUUAGGCCGGACAUGUUGGCAGGUGCCAUAAAUAUUGAAGGAGGACGACAUUUGGUGAACUCUGAACAACCAGAUGAUGUGAUUAAGGUCAUUGCCGAAGCGUUGACAAAACGAAACAGAGAGUUUAAUCGUGAAAGAUCUAAUAUUCCCGAGAUUGCUUUGAAUGGAGAAAAGAAAGCGCUUUUUGAGCAGCAAAGAAGACACGUUUUGAACUUUGAGAUGGACAAAGUUUACGGAUAUGAUACCGGUGCAAAGUAUACUCCAUUUGAUUUGUACUCGAAACUGUCCAGUAGCAAGUUAUAG